AUGGGGACCAGCAGAGUGUUGGUGGCAGGUUGCUCCUCUGGUAUUGGCUUGGCUGUGGCAGUACGCUUGGCCAACAAUGUGACCAAACACUUUAAAGUAGUUUCCACAAUGAGGGAUCUUGAGAAACGUAACCCACAAAAGGCUGCAGGUUCUGCAUUUACUAAAAUCCCAGUGAUCCAAAAGUUUGAUGUCUACUGUGAGGAAUUCAUCAAAGAGUGCAUCAACUGUCUCCCCAACAGCCAAGUGGAUAUCCCUGAUCUCAAAGCUGGCAUCGGCAGGUUUGGACCCUUCAAGUGCCAAAGUGCUGCAAUGAAGGAGCUCUUUGACGUCAACCUUUUUAGCCUAAUGCGGUUGGUGAAAGAGGUGCUGCCAGACAUGAAGCAAAGGCAGGACGGCCAUACUGUGGUGAUGAGCAGUGUCGUGGGAAUACAAGGACCUCUGUUCAGUGAUGUCUACUCUGCGUCCAACUUUGCUGUGGAAGGAUUUUGUGAAAGUCUGGUUGCAAGAGCAUUGAAAUGUAACAUCAACACUACGCUGGUGGAACCUGGUCCUGUGAUGACUAAAUAUGAAAGAAAAAUGAAAGACAAGAACAUAGAUAUUGGGACUGCUGAGAUCUUCCAUGACAUCUAUCUGCUGUACUCUUAAAAGGUCUUCACAGCAUUAGGCCAGAUGCCUCAGGGAAGUGACUGA